ACACACACACACACACACACACACACACACACACACACAUCCUUAGGCUCCUCCUCCUCAGCUGGGUUUAAAUAGAGCACCUCUCUGGAGCUUCGGCCUCGGUGAUUAGCAUCCAGCCGCCGGCAGAUCAACUUCACGAGCUCAAGACCCACAACCAAGCCUCCUCAGCAGACAUGGAACGUACCUUCAUCGCUGUGAAGCCCGAUGGCGUCCAGAGAGGACUGUGCGGUGAGAUCAUCAAGCGCUUCGAGACCAGAGGCUUCAAGAUGGUCGCCGCCAAAUUCCUGCAGGCAUCCGAGGACCACCUGAAGCAGCACUACCUGGACCUGAAGGACAUGCCCUUCUAUGGUGGACUCUGCAAAUACAUGUCCUCUGGACCCAUCCUCGCUAUGGUAACCCCAUAAACACUCACAAAUCUUUUUCUGUUUAUCUCUUUCCAUUGCAUCA